ACUCAUUGUAGAACAAGCCUGCAGCGGACCGGCUUGUGGAAACCCAACAAGCAGCAGGCUGGCAUCAGCACUGGUACCGAUACCGGACUGGUUCGAUUAUUAAUAGUAUUCUUGUGUUUUUUUUUUUUUUUGCAUGACAGAGACAGGCAGUAUGAAAAAAUUAAGGGAGAACCAGAAAGAACCAACUUUAAUAGAAAUGUCCAAGACGGACGAAUCAAGUGGAGUAGAAGACAAUAAUGGACACGACUGUCUACCCAACUCUGCCACAGCCUCUCCCCUUCCUGGUGUUCCCGAGCUAGAGAAACGGCCUCAGAGCAAAGACUCAAUUUUCUUCAGGGAUGGCGUCCGGAGGAUUGACUUUGUCCUCUCGUACGUCGACGAACCCACGAAGGAGGGAGAGAAGAAAGCGGAAAGGAGAAAGGAAUUUGAAAUUAAUUUGCAGAAGGCCGGUCUGGAACUGGAAACAGAGGAUAAAAGUGAGUCUGAGGACAGGCAGACGUACUUCCUGAAGAUCCACUGUUCAUGGGAUGUGCUGACCGCUUACGCGGAGAUCCUGAAGAUCAAAGUGCCCUUCAAAGAGAGCGACAUCCCCAGCAACAACGAGACGCCCCUGAACUGGCUGUUGAAGCCCUUCAGACUCCCCUAUGAGGUGAUGUACCCCGAGCCAGACUACUUCACUUCGCCCUUCGAAAAUAAGAAGCCGGACUUCUUCCUCAUCAAGGACAAGGAUGCCAUCUUCACCCCCUCCACCCGCAACAGGAUUGUGUACUACAUUCUCUCACGGUGCCCCUACGCGACAGAGGAGGGAAAGAAAAAGCUGGGAAUCAACCAGCUUCUGAGCAACGGCUCCUACACGGCAGCCUUCCCGCUUCACGACUGCCAGUACUGGAAGAAAGCAAAGGUCCAGAACUGUAAGAGUGAGAGGUUCACCCUGUACAGGUCAUGGGCCAGGUUCAUGUGCUUUUACAAGGAGCAGCCCCUGAAUCUCAUCAGGAAGUACUAUGGAGAGAAGAUUGGGAUCUACUUUGCCUGGCUGGGUUUCUACACAGAGAUGCUUUUCUAUGCGGCGGUCGUUGGUUUAAUCUGUUUUUGCUACGGUGCUUUCACCUACAGUGGUAAUGUGUGGAGCCAGGAAAUCUGCAGUGUGGAUAUUGGAGGAGAGAUUGUCAUGUGUCCUCUGUGUGACCGGAGGUGUGGUUAUUGGAAACUGAACAUAACCUGCGACUCCUCCUUUCAAUCCCAUCUGUUUGACAAUGUUGGCACAUUAUUCUUUGCCAUGUUCAUGGGCAUAUGGGUUACCAUGUUCCUGGAGUUCUGGAAGCGCCGGCAGGCCCAGCUGGAGUACGAGUGGGACCUAGUGGACUUUGAGGAGGAGGAGGAGCAGCAGCAUCUCCAGCUUCGGCCCGAGUACGAGACCGUGUGCACCAGGCGCAGGAUGAACCCGGUCACUCAGGAAAUGGAGCCCAUCCUGCCCUUCACAAGCAAGUGUGCACGUUUCUGUUUGUCUGGAGCCACCGUCGUGUUUUGGAUCGCCCUCAUCAUCGCCUCCAUCGUUGGCGUGAUUGCGUACCGCCUCGCUGUUUACGCCGCUCUCGCCAGCAUAAUGAAGGAUAACCAGGACCUGCAGCUGGUGGGCUCCCUGAUCACUCCGCAGCUCGCCACCUCCGUCACAGCCUCCUGCCUCAACUUUGUGGUGAUCAUGAUCCUGAACACCCUGUACGAGCGAGUGGCCAUCUGGAUCACUGAUCUGGAAAUCCCCAGGACUCACAUACAGUAUGAGAACCGUCUGACCACGAAGAUGUUCCUUUUCCAGUUCGUCAACUACUACUCCUCCUGCUUCUAUGUGGCCUUCUUCAAGGGCAAGUUCGUGGGCUACCCUGGCAGCUACACCUACAUGUUUGGAGUGCUGAGAAAUGAGGAGUGUGACCCCGGCGGCUGUCUCAUUGAACUCACCACUCAGCUAAUCAUUGUCAUGGCCGGCAAGCAAAUCUGGGGCAACAUUCAGGAAGCCCUUGUGCCGUGGUUGCAAAACUGGUGGAGAAGCCGCAAGGCACGCAAUCAACCUGAGAGCUUGUACACCCGCUGGGAGCAGGACUACGACCUGCAGUGCCUCGGACAGCUGGGGCUGUUCUACGAGUACCUGGAGAUGGUGAUCCAGUUUGGAUUCAUCACCCUGUUCGUGGCCUCCUUCCCUCUGGCCCCUCUCCUCGCUCUCUGCAAUAACAUCGUGGAAGUGCGUGUGGACGCCUGGAAGUUCACCACCCAGUUCCGCAGACCUGUGGCGUCCAAGGCCCACAGCAUCGGAGCGUGGCAGGAGAUCCUCCACGGAGUAGCCGUCCUUUCUGUCGUCACCAACGCCUUUAUCGUGGCGUUCACCUCGGACAUGAUCCCCCGUCUGGUCUAUUACUAUGCCUACCACCCUGGCACGGAGAACUCCAUGGAGGGGUACAUCAAUAACAGCCUGUCUAUCUUCAACAUCUCCCAGUUUAAGCCCCACAACAUGCCGGAUGACGGAGAGAGCCCCAGCUGGUUCAACAGCUCCAUCAUCACCACCUGCAGGUACAGCGAUUACCGCUAUCCUCCGGGGCACGAGAAGGAGUACCAGCACACCAUGCAGUUCUGGCACGUCCUGGCGGCUAAAAUGGUCUUCAUUAUCAUCAUGGAGCACGUGGUGUUCAUGGUGAAGUUCUUCGUGGCCUGGAUGAUCCCGGACAUCCCGAAAGACGUGAAGGCGCGGGUGAAGAGGGAGAAGUACCUCACCCAGGAGUACCUGCACAACUACGAGAGAGAGAUGAUGAAGAAGCAGCUGGAAGAGAAUUGCUCUGCCUCCACGGACCGUCAUGAGUUGGUGUCCGAGGGCAUGUAGCCCCCCCGAGCACUUCCAGGACAGCUGGGGAGGGAGGAAUGCUUUCACCAGCACACAAGCAAACCUCCCUCCACUGUAUCAGUGAGACUACGACUGAAAGCCCUGCUCCACUUGUGCUGAGUGACUUACAUUCCUUACCCCACCCCACCCCCCACCCCCCUCCCCCCGAUGAGCAGCACUCCUCCUCAUAGUCCUGGCUGUCUCUCUGCAGUGACAGCGUUAAUAGGAACUAGAACAUUCAGUCUGGUAUGCAAGAGAAAGACCUGAAGUACUUCUGUUGGCAUUUUCACAAGGCUGCUUACUGACCCUCAGCUCAGCCUGUGUUCAGCACUGUGAUGCACACCCACACAGCCUGCCAGAGUUGUCUUAGAAGUCAUAUCUAAAGAUGGAACGUAGCCAGUGCUGGGCACAAAUGCAGGGAGUACUAAAGUGUUGCUUUUGUAGCUGAUUGACCAAAAGAUCUGCAGCUGUUGAAACUCUAUAUACAGGAAUGUACAGAAUAUACAGGAAUAUGCACUGUAUGCAUGUAUGUUCAGGUAUUUAGGUAUUUCAUUACAGCUUUAUGAUGUUAUAUAUAUACAUACACACACACACACACACACACACAGAGCUAUGGCCAAAAGUUUUAUAUCACCCUACAGAAUUAACACAUUUUGCUUCAAGUUGAAUGAAACCUUCUGAACAAAGUUACAUUAACAUAGUACUUAACAAAAAACUGUGACAUUUCGAAAUCUAACAUUAAACACUGUACUACUGUUACAGGUUCCG